UGACACGGACACUCUUACUCUGUGACUGAUAUAUAAACUGAAUAAAGUUGAUUUAUCUGCAGUAAGUUUUAUGCCUCUGACCAGAGCACAUAAUACAUAUGAUUUCUUCUUUGGAAAUGUCAGAUUACUUCAUUAUUAUUUCUGUCUGUACUGUAUGCAUAUGCAGAAUGUCAUAAAGGGUGCAUCUCUUGUGAUUUAUGACCAACGAUUUCACAGACUGCAAAAAUCAUGGAACUUUUAUUCACUUUGUAAACUAGUCAAUUACACUAUGUGUGUAAUCAAAAAGGGAAAGGAGAGAGGGCAUCGGCGCACCCCUUCAAAAAGAGUACAAAUGAACAAUUAUAUUAACUCAAGGAUAAAGCAGGAGAAAUUGAUUUUAAAGAUGUUUCUGCGUUACCACCAGAAGUGGAUGACAAUAAAAGCAAUGAAGUCAACCUGGACAGUAUCCAUAAGACGGUCAAAGAUAUUGAUGACUUUCAGAAGAUGCUGUCCCCCAGAAUAGCUUCAUUUGAAAACAAAAUCCAGCAGCUUGAAAAAAUUGCAGACAACCUGGACUCAUUUCACAAAGGUGCUGUUGUUGCAAGGAUUGCAGGAAGUUCUGUUUCUGCAGCAGGCGGAAUCACUGCUCUUACAGGACUGAUGCUUGCUCCUUUCACAUUUGGGGUAUCUGUUGUGGUUGCUGGUGUAGGUGUAGGUAUAAGUGUUUUAGGGGGUGCAGCCAGUGCAACAUCUUUCAUAGCUGAUUCUUCAACACAAAAAGAAAACUGUAAGAAAGUGAAAGAAAUUAUAGUUUCUUAUUUUCAGGAAGCAGAUGAUAUUUAUAAAUGCCUGGCAUCUUUGGGGGAAGAGUUUGAGAAAAUUGAGAAAAUGGAUGAAAGAUUUAGUAGUAAAUAUAUAAACAUGAAGAACAGCAAAGCUGAGGAAGGAGACCCAGAUGUCUCAUUAGAUGAGGUGGCAGCAUUUCUUGGUUUAGCAGGAGCUGCCAGGGCUGGUUUAGUGGCUUUUCAUGCCAUAUCUAAACUUGCUCGAGCAUUUACUGGUGUUCUGUCUGGGAUGUUUCUUGCACUUGAUGCAUACCUUUUAGUUAAAGAUGCUCGUGAGCUGAGUGAAGGGGCAUCAACUGAAACUGUGGAUCACAUCAGAAAAGUAGCUGUAGCUUUAAAGGAGAGUUUAAAUGACUUAAAUGAUUCUUGUGCAAACAUUGCACAUGAUGGAAAUACAUUGUGGCUUCUUUACAAAAUCUCUCAGAAUGAAGAGAACUCUGAACCACAGGAAGGUAUAACAACACACCCUGAGGAAGCUACUUGAUUAACAUUUUUUAUUAUUUGGACUGUUUCUAACUCUUGUUACUUAUUUUAUCUGCUACAAAAAACUGUGACUGCAUAUAAUUUUAGGCACUGCAAUUUUCUACACCACUUGUUGCAAAAGGAAGGAAACUGCUUUCUUUUUCCUCCAUAAAGUAAUACAUGUGUGUGUGCCACCUUAUAUUCAGACAUAAUUCAAGUAAUUAGAUUAUUUCUGUCUACAAGAAAGCACAUAUAAUUAUUAUUUACUUUACAAAUAAUCAUUGGGCAAGGUGUAGGCGUUUAUUGGAAUUGUUUGUUGAGUAAUGAAUUCAUUCAUGGUAGAUCCUGUUUCAGAUAUACACAAAUUCUGAUUAUAAUAUCUGCUCAAGCAUUUAAAUGAACAGAUGCUUGAGUAACUCUAAAAAUGUACAUGGGCAGUACAGUUCUAUUAUUUAUUGGUAUCUGGUAUAUACUGACAUGAAUGCAAAGACCAAGAAAUCCUUAAAACAAGCAGCAGUAAAUCUCAACACAUGGAACACCCUUAACCACACAUUUCUUAUGUUAUUGUUUAUGAUAUUUUAAAUUGUUAUAUUUUAAUAAGAAAGAGAAAACAAAUUUAACUUUGUAAUAUAUUCCUGAAGCAAAGUAGAAUAGUUCAUGUAAUAAAAUACUACCUUGUUUAUUAACCACAUGUCUCAUGCAGCCCAGGAAAAUAACUUGUUAGGAUGAAGACUGCCUCUUUACCUGCAUGGUAAAAUCUAGAGCUGAUCUUCUGUUUCUUAAUUCCUACAGAUUUAAAACUGUUACAACCCAUAUUCCAAUAGGAAUUCUUAACUUCCACGAAGCACUUUGCUUUAUUU